AUGUCAAAAGAACUAAGUGCAGGUGCUACUCCGGCUGACUCCCCGUCCCCGUCCCCCCACCCAGAGGCGGCAGCUGCCCCCGCCCCUACCCAAACGGAAAAGCCCCCCACAACCCAAACCAAGCCCAAGCGCACCAAAACCACCAGCACCCCGCAGACCACGGGCCUCCGCGCCCCCCGCACAACCCCAACCACCAUCGGACCCCGCCAACCCAGCAUCCACAACACCCGCGCCACCGCCCGCAAAGUCGAGUCCACCACCCGCGUCUCCCGCAGUGGGGGCGGCAGCAGCGGCGGCCCAUUAGUCUUCUCCCUCUCGCGUGACGCCGCCGGCAUGUCGUCCGAGGAGAUUGUCCGCGAGAUUGGCGGCCGCAUCGCACUCGCCGAGAGCGAGAACAUAUUUGACCGCAAGGGCGGGAGCACCAGUCUCUUUGACCCCGCGCAGAAGGCACUCGACGACGAGCGCAAACAGGUCAGAAAGAAGCGCUCUGGGAAGAAAAACGGGACCGGUCCUUCUGCGGCGGCAAACACUAGUGAGGUGGCGGCGAGCGAGAAGAAGAAAAAGAAGAAGAAGAAGAGCAGCGGAAGGUGGCUGGAGAAGAAGCCGGGCGAGACGCCAGAGAAGACGUAUAGCAGCUCUCCCAGUAACUGGGAGGGGACGCUGCACGGGACACCGACAAAGUCGACGGUGAGGGGGGAUGAGGCUAAGUGGAUGGCUCCGGCGCCAGAGCUGGCUUUUAAGCGUGACCAGGACGGGACGCCCACAAAGGGGUCGAAGCGGAAGAAUAAGGGCAAGAAGCUGCUAGGGCAGAUGGAGUACCCGCUACCGCCGGGGUGGUGGAACGUGCUCAAAAUGACGGAUAAUCAGCGGGAACUUUAUAUACAACUCUUUGAAGACUCAGCCGAGAUGACAGAGGAAAGUCAGUAUCAGCUCUGGAACACUGCACUAGACAUCGUGUACCUCGCUGGCGAAGAGGAGGGGACGUGGGGCGCUGAUCCACAGAGGGAGAAGAAGCUCUCGAACUGGCGCGCGGAAAUGAUCUACAAGCAUGAUUUGACCAUCCCACCACCAAUCUCGUGGAAUCAGAAGCAGCUGGCAGUGGAGCCGCGCCCAACUGACGAGGAGCGACGGGAGUACACGAAGAACUUCCACACGAUGUACAAUAACUCUUACUUCUGGCGCAUUCUAGACCAGGCGUGGGAUAAGGAGUGCCUUGAUAAAUGCCUUGAGGCGAACCACGCUAUCUGGGAACUCAAGUUGAAAUAUAGGGACUUUCCUUGGUUCUGUCUUCCGUUGCCCAGUGAGAAGUGGAGGACCCAUACGAGCCAAUACAUCCCAAAGCCUUCAAAGAACUACUGUCAGUGGGUCGUUGGACUGCUUGAUUUCGGCCUGAUGAACUUUGGCGACGCAGAGCAAAUUAGAGUCCCAGACUUCCAGCCUGCGGAGCGAGAGGGCGCCUUUGAAGAUUCUUGUCACAGAGCAUGGCUAGCCAACGCGGAAUAUCUACCCGAAGGCACAACCAACCCUCUAGAUGUUGAGUCGGACGAAGAUAGUGAUGCGACUAACCGUUCUGACACGCCGCCAUCACCAGAACCAUCUCUCUCGCCAGAACCGGAGCUCGAAAUUGUGGAGGAUAAUUAUUACAACGGCCCCGCCCUAGAAUCGCAGGACUCGGACUCGGAUGAUGUUACGACGGACGAAAGUGAGGCAGCAGAGGAGAAUGGCGAAGCAGAGAAGGAAGAUGAUGAAGAAGCUGUUGAGGAAACGAGACAGGUGGGACUUAAGUCUAAGAGGGGAACCGAAAAACCAACAAGUGCUGGGAAGAGAACCAAAGUCAGUAAUUAG